GAGAGAGAGAGAGAGAGAGAGAGAGAGAGAGACCACACAGAAGAACAGAGAUCUCAAAGGUUAAAAUUAAGGAAUGGAUGUGAGGAAAAUAGUGGUGGUAGUAGAAGAUGUAGAGGUUGCAAGAACAGCACUUGAAUGGGCUCUUCACAACCUCCUUCGUUUUGGAGAUUUGAUUACUCUUCUUCAUGUCUUUUCUUCUCCUUCAAAUUCAAGAGCCAAGAACAAGAUGAGGCUUCUUCGCCUCAAAGGCUUCCAAUUGGCUCUCUCAUUCAAAGAUAUAUGUAACAACAGUUUCUUUAAUACAAAUAUAGAGAUUAUUGUAACAGAAGGAGAUCAAGAAGGAGGGACAAUUGCAGCUUUGGUGAGAGAGAUGGGUGCCUUUGCUCUUGUUGUUGGACUCCAUGAUCAGAGCUUUCUCUACAAGUUGGCAAUGGCCCACAACAAUAUUGCAACCAUUUUAAAUUGCAAAGUACUAGCUAUCAAGCAACCAGCUGCAAUACCAGCAAAGAGGACAAGGGCAACACCAGUGGUAGUAGUAGACAGUUCAACCAACAUGGGCUUUUCACAGAUUGAGAUUGCUAGUUUAGAGGUUCCUGAUAUUCCUCCACCAAAAGUUCCAUACAGAAUCUGUCCAGACCCAUAUGCAGUAUUUUGGAGAUGGAGGAAGUCCAGGAGGAAGAAUGGAUCGUAAAAGGGUAGCCUGGUUUGAGAAUAUCGUAAAUGCAGAGUCUCAGCUGAUCUUGGCUAAGACCCUACGGCAAUUUUUGGACAUGUCUUGGACUAUGGUUUGUAGCUCUUCAGACUUGUCUCACCCAGCACACGUCUUGGACUGUGGUCUCUAGCCCUUUAAGCUUUGUCUCACACAACACACCUCAAUAUACAUAGGAAUAGUUGAAUUGCCAGCAAAUAGUUAUUUCUGCUUACAAAAUUGUAAGUUACGAAUGAUUUUUAUCUUGUUAUGGCUUCACACGGCAUUCAGCGUUCAUUUUCUUCUUCUGAAAGCAAGAUUAGUAAGAUAAGCAGUCAAUAGAA